GUCAGUUCAUCAGUAGAUGUGUCUCAGAGUGUUGAGGAGGACCCUUUAGUGGACGGACCGCUGAUCUCCCAUGAUGCCCUGCAGUCUGCUAUCAGGAGAGAAUUCACGACUCUCCCCACACACUGUCCUGCUGUCCUGCUGUUGCUGCUGCAGGUGGUGUAUGUGUCUCUGAGUGUGUGUGUUGCCAUAGUGUGUGUGUUGGAGGUUGGCCGGGAGGAGUGUGUCCGUGUGUUGGGUAAUGUUCGGGGGCAGAGUGUGGUGGUGAUUGGGAAGGUGUUUGUGUGGCUGUGUGUGUUGUUGUUUGGUGUGUGUGUUCAGCAUCACCACAGCCGAGUGAGGAGCAGAGGAUACCUGCGUUUCUACAGAGACAACCGCACCCUGAAACACCUGCCCUUCCUCAUCCACUCUGCAGGGAACACGGCGGUGUUGGUGGUCAUGUCAGCUGGUCUGCCAGAGGUGGAUCAUCUUCCUGUUUAUCUGCUGCUAGGGAUUCUGGGACUGGAGCUCCUGGUCUCUCUGCCUUGUCUGAUCAUCUACACAGCCUGUGUCUAA